GGGGGGGGAGGGGGGGGUUGGUUCUCGGCUCUUAAAGGGGGCACGGCCCCAGGGUGGGGCCCCCUCGGGUUACGGUGGAGAAGGGCCCGGCGGAGCAGGCUGAGCGGCGGGCGAGGAGGCUCCGACCCCCCCCAUGGAUCCCGGCCGCCCGGGCCGCCAGCGGGCCCCCGACUGCGUCCGCAGGCAGAAGCGCCGGGAGCUGGACGCCCGCCGCAGCAAGUGCCGCAUCCGCCUGGGGGGCCACCUGGAGCAGUGGUGUCGCCUCAAGGAGCAGCUCGGCUUCGCCCUGCACUCCCAGCUGGCCAAAUUCCUCCUCGACAGGUACAGCUCCCAGGGUUGUGUUUUGAGCCCAGGACCAAACACCCCGGAACCCAGCCUUCUCCACGCCGAUGCCUUGCAGCGCCUGGUCGCCCUGUCCCACGGCCACGGCCAGGAGUGCGGCUUCGUCCCCGAUGUGAAGCCCCCAGCCUCGGGCAGCCCAGCCCAGCUGGUGUGGGAGUGCGUGGCCGGACACAGCUUCUCCUGGGGCGUCCCCACCGUGGCCGAUGGCCAGCAGCCGUGGGGAGUCACCGAGGAGGAUUCGGGGCGCAGCUCCCCACCGGUCCCCGGGCGCCGGCGGUCGUUGCGGCGGGCAGGGCUCGCUGCCGAGACCAAGGUGGACGAAUCCAGCCCGAGGAAGGAUGGUGCUGAACCAGAGGUAGCAGCUUGGUCACCCGCUGGCGAUGGAAACCAGAGGGAAGAGGCGGGUGAAAGUAGCGACGCAGCUCCACGAGGGCAGACAGAGACAGCAACUACAGGACCAGAUCAUGAGAGCACACCCGUGUUGGAGGAGAAACCGGAGCAGGGCAGCGUGUCUCAGGAAGAAGAGGAGGAAGAGGAGGACGAGGACUUCGUCGAGGAAGAUGACCUUGCCUACACCGAUGACCUGCGUGAUGAGAACUACCACCCUUCUCUGGACAGCGACUCGGAGCUGCAGAGACGCCAAAGCCAGCCAAAAUCCCGUAAGAAACCCGUGAAAGAGGAGCAGAGCCUGAGCGAGCCGAGCCCGAUCGACUCCAGCCCAGCAGAGGAGAGGGGUGGGCGAGUCAGCUGCAAGCAGCGAACACGGUCGUGCGACGAGGACGUGGCCCAGAUCGGCCCCAAGAGGAUCAGGAAGGCAGCGAAACGCGAAAUCCUCCUGUGCGACUUCGAAGGCUGUGGCAAGAUCUUCUCCAACCGCCAGUACCUGAACCACCACAAGAAGUACCAGCACGUUCACCAGAAGACCUUCACCUGCUCGGAGCCCAGCUGCGGCAAGUCCUUCAACUUCAAGAAGCACCUCAAGGAGCACGAGAAGCUGCACAGCGACAAGCGGGACUACAUCUGCGAGUUCUGCGCCCGCUCCUUCCGCACCAGCAGCAACCUGAUCAUCCACAGGCGCAUCCACACGGGGGAGAAACCCCUCCAGUGCGAGAUCUGCGGCUUCACCUGCCGCCAGAAAGCCUCCCUCAACUGGCACAUGAAGAAGCACGACGCCGACUCCUUCUACCAGUUCUCCUGCGACAUCUGCGGCAAGAAAUUCGAGAAGAGGGACAACGUCACUGCCCACAAGAGCAAAAGCCACCCCGAAGCCCCCAGCGGACCCCCCCAAGCCGUGCCAUCCUCACCUCCGAGCCUCCUGGGGACUGGGAUGGGGCACACGGAGGCGCCCGGUGCCUUUGCCGCAGAGCACGUGGAGCUCCCAGGCGGGGACGGUCAAGGCGAAGAGGAGAAAAGCGAGGGGCACCCGCCUCCUAUCGCUGCCUCGGCUGAAUGACAGCAGGUUUUGGGCAGAAUCUGGGUGAUGCUGGAUGAUGGACAAGGUCGGUAGCAAAAUUCCUAUCAGGACUCAUCCUUUAGUCCUGUCAACGGGACCAGGCCCUCCUUGGAGGAGCACAGGAGCCGAAAACGAAGCCGGAUCCUCCAGGAGGCACCGACCUCGCGUCCCAGUGCCAAAAACCAAGGGGCCAAACAAGGACCUGUUGGCAGAGGGGCUUCCCUGCUCCUCCAGCAAGGACUUCCCUCAUCGCCCCAUCCCCUCCUUGCACGAGAUGGGUGGCUUGUUCUGCCCGAUUUCUGCGGCAGGAUCCUCAAUAAAGAGGAGUUUUGUAUAAAAUUAUACAAAUUCCCCCCUUGCUGGGGCGCUGACUUUGCACAAAAAGCAGACGGGUUUUUAUUUCCAAGGCCAAAGGUUGUCACUGUUUAGGGCAAUAAAAGGGGUGAUUUAGGCUGGGAAGCCAAAGGUUGCUGGAGGGGAUCUAGACUGGACUGGUUUUGGCCAUGACACAGGGCAAUUAGGGGCAACGUUUUUGUAGGCCCUAUUAAAAAUUGUUGAUUGGUGAGCUUCAGCAAGCUCUGUCCUACCCAACUUAUCCCACAGGGCUUGAAAACUGCAGGUCUCUGUACCUUUUCUGUACUUUUUCCCCCUUUUUUUCCCCCCAG